CUACACUGGUUCAGACAGACAGCUCAUAUUUAAAUGAAGCGCAGAGGAGGAGCUGCCUUCAGUGGCCCCGUGAAGAGAAGACUUCCCUGUCAGUUGAGAGAGUGACAACAACGUAAAGUGUAGCUGGCAGAUUCGGAGCAUGCAAAACUUACCAACUAAACUACUUGACUGAUCAUCUUUUCUCUGAGGACUUCAGUGUUUUUAUUUUAAAUCAAGAAUUGAGCGGACUAUGGAGCUUGAAUUCUGUGCGUAGAAGGAACAUUUUGGAAACUAUGGAUUGGCUUGUUGUUGGAGAGCCCGGUGAGCGCGCACUAAUGGACAGCGUCACAACUUCGGAAGUUACAAAGAAACCAUUUCUCAGUGUUUAACUGUGAAAGAAAAGAAGAAAGAGAACGAAAUCCCUGCAGAUAUGAACUCCACGACAUCCACGGGGAGAUUCCAGCCGCCCACCAUCCCGGCGAUCAUGUUCAUUUUCGGGGUGGUGGGGAAUGUCAUCGCGAUAGUGGUACUACGGAUCUCCCGAAAGGAACAAAAAGAGACCACUUUUUACACCCUCGUGUGUGGCUUGGCGGUGACGGACCUCCUGGGCACACUGCUGGCCAGCCCAGUCACCAUCGCCACCUACAUGAAGGGCGAGUGGCCAGGCGGGGAUUCGCUGUGCCAGUACUCCGGCUUCAUACUGCUCUUCUUCUUCUUGGUGCAGCUGAGCAUCGUGUUCGCGAUGUCAGUGGAGAGAUUCUUAGCCAUUAACCACGCGUAUUUCUACAACGAGUACGUGAACCAGAAACUUGCUGCACUCAGUCUCGUGGGCAUUUACAUUUCUAACAUUGUGUUCUGCGCAUUGCCCAUCAUGGGGUUCGGCAAGGUGGAACGGCAGAGGCCAGGGACCUGGUGCUUCAUUGAUUGGCAUAACAACGAGACAGCUGUGGUGACUUUUAAUCUGAUGUACGCAGGUGUGAAUGCAGUUAUGGUUCUUGCAACUGUAAUAUGUAACGUGAUGGUGUGCGGAGCUCUGAUCCUGAUGCACAAGCGCUUCCUCCGACGCACGUCUCUGGGCACAGACAACAGGCGCAUCGCGGAGUUCAGGCGCAGACGGAGUUUUGGACGUUUAGCUGCUGCAGAGAUCCAGAUGGUGAUUCUGCUUAUUGCUACCUCUGCUGUGGUUCUCAUCUGCUCCAUACCUUUAGUGUUGAGGAUCUUUGUGAAUCAGCUGUACAGGAACCAGAAAGAAGAGCCUUUAGGGUUGAAUAAAGACCUGCUUGCAAUCCGCAUGGCCUCUGUCAACCCCAUCCUGGACCCCUGGAUUUACAUCCUGCUCCGAAAGACAGUGGUCCUCACGCUGAUGGAGAAAAUCAAGUGCCUGUUCUGCAAAAUGGGCGGGCGGGGAGGAGGGAACGGCAUGCAGUUCCGCUGCACCGACAGACACCUCAGCUCCUCCAUCGUCUCCAGGGAUUCUCACUCUCUGGUGUCCCGUGAAAUGCCGGAAAUAGUGAACACCUCACAGACUUUCUUGUACCAGUCUGAGGGGAAUACAGCAGGGUUGGACUCAUUUAAAGCAGGGGCACCAGAUGCACAGACGUUACAGGGCCCAGAGGAGGUCAGAGAAGCUCAGAUGAAGCUUUUACACACGAAUUUAGGAGACUCAAAACUAGGAAGGACUCUGAAAGAGCCUCCAAUGAGCAUCGAGGACCCGUCUUUACAUGUGACAUUUACAGGCGAGACUGCAAACACACUGGAGAAAUGUAUAUAAGUCAGAAUGAUCUCCAACAAACUGUGAUAGAGGUGUCUCUGCACAAAGACAGGAACUAAGGAUUCCUCUGCAAAGACAUCAGAAUAACGGACAAGCAUGUGAAGACUGAAUACUCAUCCAUCAAUGUGUAGAUAUUUCUUGGACUGUUGAAAAAAGGCUGCUGAAAAAUGCAUUAAAGGCCUGGUGUCAGUGUAUUACUCCUCCAUCAUCACUUUCUGCAAAUACCUUAUCUGUAAAAACUGAAACAAUCACAGCUGUAAAAACUAUAAAGAACAGCGUGACGUUGUUGAGGAGACUUUUUUCUGCACUUUUUGAAUUCUAAAACCACUGCUAGAUUGUCUGUAACAUUUCUUUUUGUUGCAUAGUGACAACCCGCACAUUGACUGUAAAGAAUUCAUGACAAAAUGUGAACCAUGAUGUUAAUUUAUUCUACUAUUCUUCUCUGUGAGAAGGUCCAGAUAGUUUGGAGCCACUUUGAAUCAGUACCAGAUGUAUAUGUCUAUGGUGUUCUGUUUUUAUGAGUACAUAGAGACAUCUUCAAUUAAUUAGGUCAAACUGGUUGACAUAGCAGCUCUGGCAUCAAAGCUAGAAUCAUGCCAUCUCCUGCAUUUCAUAAUAAAAGGCAGCUACACUUUGGCUUUUUCACGAUACAGACACUGGAGGAUUGUAGGAGGCUCCCAAAGUUAUGAGAUGAAAUAAAUGUGUCCACCUACUGUUUUCAGGCCAUUACUUUUUAAGGAUCAAUCCAGCAUCGUAUAUACCUUAAUGUUGUGUGAAAAUCCUCUCAUCUAAUCUGAUUUUAUUGGGCAGUUAAGAAAAGUGCAAACUAUACACUUUAAAGGUAUUGCAUUAUUUUUAAUGGAUCUGCCAGUGUUACGCUCCAUUACUACUAUUGCUCCUAUAAAGAUUGAUGCAAACAUUGUACUACAAUAUCAUUUUUGUGAACCGCCAGUAAUAAAUCUUUCCAAAUCGUGUGCACUUUUGUGACUGUUGUUGUACCAAACUCAUGAAUAAAGUGAAAGUAAAAGUUGGUGAACUUUCUUAAUCAUU